UCAGUGACAGAUCGAGAGGGGGGGGUGUCUGAGAGAGAGAAAGAGAAAAGUUAGAAAAGAAAGACUAAGACAAGGAGGGGGGCAGACACAUCAAACAGAUUCAGUUGAUCAAACAGAAAGUUGAAUUUCAUGAGAAAUUGAGAGCAAGUUGUAAAGACGAUAAAGGACCACAGAAAAUAUUGCUAUAGAUUGGAAAAAAAAAAAAAAUACGGAAGUUUCCCCAGGACAGGAUAUUCUUGCUUGUAGUAGACAAUGAAGCCACGGAUCCUGCAGUCUAUUCUGGUGGCUGGGCUGUUUUUUGAUUUGUUAUCUGCAGAAGAUGAUCAGUCAGCACCCUCAUAUCAUAACCAUAAAUUCAAGGUUCAUAUCACCGGGCUAUCAGUCAUGAUCACCUGUCCUAAGGAAGGAGAGACAACUCUGAAGAAAGACAAUGUAGCUAAAAGCUCAAAUAAAGAAGAACACGGACUGUAUUCUUAUUCUUCUUCAGAUAAUGGAUUAUAUAACUGUGAAAAUAAAUACCUCUACCUGCAUGCCUAUGUGUGUGAAACCUGCACAGAUGUCUCUAUUAUUAUGGUGGCCGUUAUCCUGAUUGCUGACGGCCUGGUCACAAUUGGUGUGUCCUUCAUCAUCUAUUUUGGCUGCAGGAGAAAAUCUGGACGCACCAGAGAAGGAGGAUUUGGAAAUGGAGGACAUAAGAAAGGCAGAAAAGAAGUUCCCCCGCCUGUUCCUAAUCCCGAUUAUGAGCCAAUCCAGAGAGGAAGGCGGGAAUUGUACGAUGGAUUGAACCAACCUUUUAAAUAAUCUACAGGACCUGUAUUUACUACCGUAUCUUAUUUUUUUCCUAUGUCUAUAUGUAUAAUGACUCCACUGAAGCUGUUUACAGAACAACUAAAGCCGCUGUUAGACAAUAAUAUAUGUCAUAGACUGUGUGUUACUCAGCUGCAUUAUAUAUGCAAUAAAAUAAAAGUCUGCA